ACAAUUGUUCUUUGAAUUUGUAGACAAGUUAAGAAAAACCCAACAUAGACUAGUCUGGUUUUGGUGAAACCCAGUUCGUAAUGAAUUAUGCUAAUCAAAUCAUACAAGUCAGGAAGUGUAUAUAGACUAGUCAGAAAACAGUCAAAACCCUAAAAAAAAAAAAGGGGAAAAGAUCCCAGGUGAGGCAUAGAGCUGCUGUGAAGCUGCAGAGAGUCAGUGAGGCAGCAAAUGCUUCUUCAGAAGGAAGAUAGGUGAUGAGGGGGACUAGUAUACAGUAAUAGUAAUGGGAAAGAGAUGUGCUCAAAGGAAAUGGAAAUGAAUGAAAGGGGCGAGUUAGGUGUGGCACAUUAGUAAAGGAGGGAGAGCAUGUGUUAUGGGGCAGAGCAACAGAGUGUGUGAACAGUUUUAACCUCAGAGUGCACUUUCCUGACAACUUGCCAGAGAGAAAGACAAGUGCUUUGAAUUGCAAGCAAACAAGUCCGAACCUCCCUGUACCCAAUAGUCUUUUCCCUGCACUGUCUCUCUACCUCCACUAUUCACGCAAAAUAAGAGAAGAAGAAUAAUUAACAAAAAAAAAAAACUCAUGCUAGUUUAUGAUGAAGUUACUAGUAAGUCUAUUUUUUAAGUUCUUUUUAAGAGGAAGACCCCUGCUUCCUUUGGAAAAAGAUUAUCAAGCAUGCAAUGGCUUUCUUGAUUAUUUACCACACGAUGGGAGUUUAAACUUCCAAGAGAAUAUUUCUUAAUCAUCCUUCAAUGAGUACCUUUAACUACUAAUUAUAUAAUAUCAAGGGCUAAAGGAAGUGUGAUGUGUCAAGCUUCCUCUUGUGGUAAUCAUUUAAUGGGCAAACAUUUGAAAAGGGUUAUGAUGAUGGUACCCAAAGAGGCCAAAUUGACUGUAACCCAAUAUCUACAUAGAUGAUGAAAGUGAGAAAAGUUAAAGUAAAAAGCGAAAGCAUCAAAUCCGUACCAGAGAAAAAAAAUAAUAAAGCAGGUUUCAGCUAUAGCUCUAAGGCUUUCAAUAUCCAUCAACCAGAUCAUGCCACACAUACUAAGCCAAAAAAGAUCUAAAAUGACACGAACGAGACUGUCUCUUGUUCAAAAAGUUACCACACAUACCCUCGGAUUACAAAAGAGAUUGCUAUGACCACUGGCGUUCUUCAGCUCAGCAGCUUACAUUACAGUGUUACACUGCUCAUGAUAAUAAUUAACAAUUUUACGGUAUAACUUUUUAUAUGAUAACAUUUUGUUUAUAUUGCCAAAGGUCAAAAUUUAUUAUUUCAGUGGACAAUAUUUGGUCAGACGUGUCACAAAUUUUACCAUAAAAUAAGUUCCAAAAUAACAUGAUAAUAUCAGAUGGCACUAUUUUCCAUAACUGUGAUGUCAAUACAGCAGAGCCUAAGGUGCAUGGACUAACCUGCACUUGAAUUAUUUUUUUUUAUUUUUCUUUGUACAUUUGUUUAUAGAUUUCUGCAAAAGAUGUCAGAGACAACAAAGGCAGCUGCAAAGAAAGAAGAAAAAACAGAAGCAGUAGCUGCAGGCGGUGCAGUCAUAAUAAUAAGAACAGACUCCCUCACUCAUUCACAGCACAUAAAGAAAUAAAGAGGAGGUGGCAGUGAAAGCCAGAAGAAGUAUAUCAUCAGAGCCAUUGAAUGAUGAAUACUGCAAGAAAUAGGCCUCCUUUCACAGCUUCUCAGUGGCAAGAACUUGAACAACAAGCUCUUGUUUUCAAAUACAUGGUCUCAGGGACACCGAUCCCACCUGAUCUCAUUUACUCCAUCAAAAGAAGCCUAGACUCUUCAAUAUCUUCAAGGCUUUUUACUCACCAUCCGGGUGUGGGAUGGGGCUGUUUUGAGAUGGGUUUUGGGAGAAAAAUUGAUCCAGAGCCAGGAAGGUGCAGAAGAACAGAUGGUAAGAAGUGGAGAUGCUCUAAGGAAGCAUAUCCAGAUUCAAAAUACUGUGAAAAACACAUGCACAGAGGAAGAAACCGUUCAAGAAAGCCUGUGGAAGUUCCUUCAUCAACAAGCAGCAUUACCACAAACACCUCGCAAGCAAUCUCACCAUAUAGCCUUAACAGAGGUCUUUCCAUGAUGAGCAGCAACCCCAAUAACAACGCCACAUCCUCAAUCUCUUCUUCCUCUUUCCCUUUCUCCGAAUCAUCAUCCCAAUAUCCUUACCAAAAUUCUUCUCUUAAUCCCUUCUUUUACACCCAUUCAACCUCUUCGAGACCUCCUGAUUCUGAUUUCUCAUCUCAAAACAACACUACCCAUCAGCUAUUUUUGGACUCUGGAUCUUAUUCUCAUGAUGAAAAAGACUAUAGAAAUAUUCAUGUGGACGAAAGGGCAUUUUUCCCAGAAGCUUCAGGGUCUGCAAGAAGCUUCCACGACUCAUACCACGAAUUAUCUAUGAGCUCCUACAAUAAAUCCUAUUCAAGCUCGCAGCAGUUUCAAAGCCUCAGUGAUAAUGACAGUAAUCCAAGGCAACAAGAAGAGCAACAUUGUUUUGUUCUAGGAACCGACUUCAAAUCACCAAGACCAAGCAAAAGUGAGAAAGAGACUAGCACUGAAACUGCCCAGAGACCACUUCACCACUUCUUUGGGGAUCAGUGGACUCAAAAGAACACAGAUUCUUGGCUCGAUCUCGCUUCCAACUCCAGAAUCCCCACAGAUGAAUGACGUUUUGGUCAUGUGUGAUGAUAAUGGACACGGCCGAGAGAGAGAGAGAUAAAGAUGAAAGGUCUGGUGGCUAGGGGAGCUUACCUUUGAUAAAGCAGCAAUGUUUGUUAUGGAGGAAUGUGGGGGCCCACACUUGGAUUUGUGUCUUUACUUUAGGUUGAUAUCUAAAUAUACUUUCUUGCUUCCCUCUGAAGAAAACAUGUCUCCUAUUUGCGCACACUCUGUGUGUGUGUUGAUUUUGUUUGACUGAGUUGUGUGGACCGGAGGGAAAUUAAAGAAAGGAAGCAACUUCAGUUGUUUGUGUGAAGUUCUGCACUUUGCUUUCCAAUUCAAAUUGCCUCUGUAACUUUUGCUUAUUCUCUAUAUGUUUAUGGACCCAAACACAACAUGUGCUAUCAAUAUAUAUAUAUAUAUAUAUAUAUAUAUGUUGUACCUUUACCAUAAAAUUCUCUGUAUCACAUCUAUAUGGACAAC